GUCUGGUGGCAUUGAUCACGUUGUUCGCCGCGCUCGUACUGUCCUGCAAAGUUGGGCACUUUCCACAGCAGCUUUGCUGCUGCACGAUGCGCUACAAACCGGUGUGUGGCAAUAAUAAUCGAACGUACCACAACUAUUGUGUGCUGCGUUGUGUGCGAUUGAAGCACAACAAAACGAUACAGAUGGAGCAUCGGUGGGAGUGUGGAACAUUACCGAGCGAAUGGGAGGAACUCGAGGCGGCCGCCGAACCGGUGGCUUCAGACGUAAAUAUACCGUUUGCAUCGCUCGGAGCAUUCAACGAUACUGCAGAGCGAUGGGAAAACGACUUCAUCGCGAUUGAUCAUUAGCCGAGGUUUGGAGCGAAGCAAAAAAAAAACACGGUUCAUCCUUACCGGACUUUCCGCCGCCACCGACUGUGGUGAUACACCUGACGAAAGAGCGCGUCUUCUAAUCGGUUCAUUUCUUAGGAUUAUCUUCUGUCCGGCUCCCCGAUGGCUCGUGGCGGAUAUCAACGGGUCUUGCAAAGGCACCAAAAAAAAAAACGCUUGUCGGCAUGCUGCAAAAGAAACAAUUCCAUACCGUUCCCAGCCCAAAAAAACUUCCGCCAAUUUCUGAUCAGAGGUGUCACACGCCAUUGGUAUGCCAUUAAGCAAAACUGAGUAACACCUUCGAAGGACAGCAAAACAUAACACCCGCCAAAGCGAAACCGAUUUGCAUCGUCUCGAUACGCGAUCAUGUCGGGCAGGGAUAAAGUAUGAACUUAACAGCUCUCUGCUGUCGGCCAAGAAGCGAUGACAAUAAGUUGACAAAUUGACCACCGUUGAAAUCUUUUCACUCCCAAGAAAGACUUUAUCGCGCAAGCAUCAGGCAGCUGCGUUUCCUGGCCCAAACUUUUUGCUGGUGUGAGAUACCUUUUUGGUGGAGGAUUUUUUGAAACUUUAAUAAAUGUGACACAAAAUGCGUUCACCGGUCCGGUAUGGUUGGCAUUAUUUGUCGAUUGCUCCACCCUCUGCCUGCUCUGUG